AUGGACAUGGUAGCGAGUGCUCACUUUAACAAACACAAAACCCCCAAUGAGAAAGGUUGGAGAUUGACGACGAAGAAGCACACUCGAAGUGCAAUGCUUUCGGUUGAGGGGGAGCAGCGAGAUAUUCGAGCAAUCGCAGCCUCUGAUCACAGCUUAACUGUUGCUUCAGCGACCUAA